AAAACCCGACCUCCACGGUCACUUUCACUUUCAGUCUCACUUUCGGAUCUCUCUCUUUCCCAUCUCUUACACCCCAUUUCCAAUCUCCAGGAUUUUAGAUAUGGCGGAUGCAAAACCAGGAUUGAGGAAGCCAGUGUUUACCAAGGUUGAUCAGCUUCGUCCAGGGACCAGUGGCCACACUUUAACUGUGAAGGUGGUCAACACUAAGAUGGUGAUGCAGAAAGGUGGUUCUCAACCCCGUCAAAUGCGAAUUGCUGAAUGUUUGGUUGGUGAUGAGACUGGAAUGAUCAUAUUCACUGCAAGAAAUGAUCAAGUGGAUUUGAUGAAAGAGGGAACUACUGUCAUCCUGCGUAAUGCCAAAAUUGACAUGUUCAAAGGAUCAAUGAGGCUUGCUGUGGACAAGUGGGGCCGUGUGGAAGUCACGGAACCUGCUAAUUUCACUGUUAAGGAGGAUAAUAACUUGUCCUUGAUUGAGUAUGAACUAGUCAAUGUUGUUGUUGAAUGAAUGCCUUGUUGGGACAUCCUGGAAUUUGUGCUGGGUUCUAAUGAGAAUAAAAACUAAUCCAACAAAGAAAUCUUCUUUUUGUCUAUGGGACAUCUCAUAGUUCUCAUCACAAUCCACCUUACUUUAGGAAUAGAGAUUUAAGAAGCCAAUAGUAUUAACAGUUGCUUCUUACUGUUGCAAUAGACUCAGUGGAUCUUGGAGUUUCAACCACUUAACAGAUGGUGGCUGUAAGUUCUAGAUCAUGCUUUUUGUUAUGGUAUCUAUUUACAUUUUGGAUUAUGUGUAUGUUCAUCUACCAUGGAUUAUAUGUAUCAGAAUAUUUUAUAUGGCGGGUGAGUGUUUAUAUUUAAUGUAUUCCUUUGUUAGUCU